ACUAACUACAGCAAAAUAACGUGAAUUAUUCAUAGUUUGAGGUCGGUAUAAGUAAAACUAUAGUUAGUCUUUGGUGCGAAGUUAUCGUAUAAUCUAAAUACCGAUCUGAUUUAUAUUGAUAACUCACCUAACCUCAGAAUCUGCCACUGGAACCGUAAUUGGAGUUUUUGGAUAUUAAGGAAACUAAUUUGUGAUUCCUGUCACCCUCUCCAGCAAUGGCAAGUCCGUCUCAACCUUCGCAUUCCUGGACGAUGGAUCGAAUGUCACGCUGAUGGAAGAAGCUAUUGCUGAUGAACUUGGGCUGAACGGGAACAUCAGUUCGCUAUGCAUCCAGUGGACAGGGAGCGUUACCAGGAAGGAACCGUCAUCUAGGCAAGUGGAGUUGCGCAUUUCCGGUGUCAACGGUGGACCAGAUUACGCCAUAUCAGGGGUCCAAACAAUACCGCACCUGGACCUACCGCAACAAAGCCUGGAUUAUGAAGAACUCUCCAAACUGUUUCCGCAUUUGAAAGGUCUUCCUGUUCGAAGUUUUUCGAAUGCAGUUCCUCGUAUUCUCAUAGGUCUGGAUAACGCCGCGCUGAAGUUAACGUUGGACAAACGCGAGAGGCGUAGCAGAGAACCGAUAGCAGCCAAAACGCGACUUGGGUGGACAAUAUUCGGAGGUGGACACCGAGGAAUGCCACAUACCGAUCACGUGAUGUUCCACAUGUGCAACUGUAGCGCAGACGAGUCUCUCCACAAGCUUGUUAACGACUACUUCGCAGUGGAGUCGCUCGGUGUGAACCCUUUGCCACCUUUAGAGUCUUCCGAAGAUCAACGAGCUCGGCAGGUUUUGAUGCAGUCCACUAAGCGGACCGAGUCUGGCAGGUUCGAAUGCGGCCUCCUAUGGAAGAGCGACGAUUUCGAGUUCCCUUCUAGCUACAGAAUGGCUGAACGUCGCUUAAUCUGUUUGGAAAAGAAAUUUGCCAAAAAUCCAGCGCUGAAAAUGAAGGUUGCAGAGCAGAUCGACGAGUAUCUGCAGCGCGGUUAUGCUCAUAUUGCUACCGAGGACGAGUUACAGCAGUCUGAUCCACGUCACGUCUGGUACCUUCCCCUAGGUAUCGUCCAGAAUCCUCGCAAACCUGAGAAACUUCGCAUCGUGCGGGACGCAGCGGCCCGUGUAGGAGAUGUGUCACUCAACUCCAUGUUACUGGUCGGGCCAGAUCUUCUAACCCCACUGCUCAAGGUCAUCUGUGGAUUUCGUCAACGGCAGUACGUUGCAGUUGGUGAUGUCCGCCAAAUGUUUCACCAACUGCUGGUCAAGGAAAGCGACCGCCAAGCCCAAAGAUUCUUAUUUCGAAUCGAUCCCGAGCAAGCACCAACGGUGUACGUCAUGGACGUCGUUAUCUUCGGCGCAUCGUGCUCCCCGUGUUUGGCGCAGCAUGUUAAAAACACCAACGCCAAGGACUUUGAGGAAACGUUUCCAGAAGCGGCGGCGGCGAUCAUCAACUGUACAUACGUUGACGACUUUCUGGACAGCAGAGAUACGGUAGAUGAAACUGUGCGGAUCGUGAAAGAAGUGCGCUUGAUCUUCGAUAAAGCUGGAUUCGAGAUUCGCAACUGGCAGUCUAAUUCUGAUGAGGUACUUCGACGGGUCGGGGUCGACAGCAACGAUACAGCAAGAUGCUUUUCAGUUGAGAAGUCUACGGUUGCCGAACGUGUUUUGGGGAUGACAUGGGAUCCCAAGGAUGACAUGUUCGAAUUUGAAACCCAGUGUCGUGAAGAUCUUCAUCCGUUAUUAUCCGGAAGCAUCGUCCCCACAAAAAGACAAGUUCUCCGGGUCGUGAUGAGCCAUUUUGACCCCAUCGGGAUCGUAGCUACGUAUACAGUGCACGGAAAAAUUUUGAUUCAGGAUGUUUGGAGAUCCGGUGUUAGUUGGGACGAUCCUGUGACGACAGAUGUUUUUGAGAAUUGGCAGCGAUGGGUUCGAUUGGCUCCGCAUCUGAGACAGGUUCGAAUUCCAAGGUGUUAUUUCCCGAAUUACCACCCGAACAGCUACGAUUCUCUCGAACUCCAUAUCUUCGUUGAUGCCAGCCUAAUGGCAUACUGUGCUGCAGCGUACUUCAGGAUUUUCGACGAAGGUUCACCGCGCUGUGCCCUAGUCGCCGCGAAGACGAAAGUUACACCUCUAAAACCUCAAUCGGUUCCAAGAAACGAACUGUGCGCUGCGGUGAUUGGAGUGAGACUUCUAAGGAGUAUCCAGGAGAAUCACUCCAUACCAGUCCAGAAACGCUACAUGUGGACUGAUUCAACGACCGUUCUCGCUUGGUUGAGGGCAGAUCCUCGGAAGUUCCGGCAAUUCGUUGCUUUUCGGGUUGCUGAGAUUCAGUCGGAAACAAGUAUCGAUGAAUGGCACUACGUCCCAACAAACCUGAAUGUCGCCGACAAGGGUACCAAGUGGGGAACAGGUCCGUGUUUCGAUCCAGAAAGUCCGUGGUUCACGGGACCAGCAUUUCUACAUCGAGCAGAAAAGGAGUGGCCGCGUCAACCGGCCAAAUACGCAGAGCCUCAGGAAGAGACUAAAGCUGUUCAACACCACGUUGCAGUGUGUGACUCAACUAACGAUUUUGGAAAGUUUUCUCGCUGGAAGGAUCUAGUGAAGAACCUGAGCUACCUGCAUCACUUCGUCCAUCGCUGCCGAACUCCUCACCGAGAAACGACUGGCAGUAGGAUUGCAGUUUUGGAGCAGCGAGAUUACGUAGCAGCAGAGGCAAGUUUGUGGCGAGUUAUUCAAGGCACAGAAUACCCCGAAGAGGUAUCCAUCCUGCGUAAGAAUUCUGAGAUGCCCAGUUACGAACGCAAGCCGCUGAACAAGAGCAGCUGCAUUCGAAAGUUGUCACCAUUUCUAGACGACAAAGGUGUGUUGCGGAUGAGUAGUCGGAUCAACGAAGUUUCGCUGUAUUACUCGGCAGAAUUCCAAAAUCCGGUGAUAGUUCCUAGGGGUCAUCAUGUCACCAAGCUCUUGAUUCUUGAACAUCAUCAACGCUACGGACACGCGAACGUCGACACUGUUGUCAACGAACUGCGCCAACGGUAUUACAUCCCCAAGAUUCGUUCUGAAGUAAAGAAGGUCGUGAAACAAUGUAUGUGGCGCAAAGUCUACCGAGCGAAACCUGCUGAGCCAAAGAUGGCUACUCUGCCACAUCCAAGAGUAGCGCCUUAUGUUCGUCCGUUUACCUUUACCGGCUUGGAUUAUUUCGGGCCUUUGAUUGUGAAGCGCCGGCGAUGUAAUGAGAAACGGUGGGUGGCACUAUUUACAUGUUUAACCAUACGAGCGGUACAUGUUGAAGUAGUGCAUACAUUAUCAACGGAAUCGUAUAGACUGGCAAUCCACCGUUUCAUAUCCCGAAGAGGUGCACCGCAACAGAUAUUUAGUGAUAACGGUACCAAUUUUCGGGGAGCUGCUCGCGAGAUUGCCGAUGAGAUCAAAACUAUCAAUCGGGAACUGGCCAAUUCAUUCACCAAUGCUGAAAUCGAGUGGGUUUUCAACCCGCCCUCUGCUCCCCACAUGGGUGGUGUGUGGGAGCGAAAGGUACGCUCAAUCAAAGACGCGUUCAAAUCUUUACACCAUAACCAACACUUGAACGAUGAGGAGCUGGCGACCUUUUUGACAGAAGCCGAAAUGAUUGUCAACUCCCAUCCGUUGACUUUCGUGCCGCUAGAAGACUCUACAGAAGAAGCAAUUACCCCCUACAACUUCCUGCUGAUGAGUUCGAGUGGCGCCAACACUGCAUCGAGAAUACCAAUAUCUGAAGAGAUCUCCUUAAGAGUAAAUUGGAAACUGAUGCAACAACUUCUAAACCAGUUUUGGAAGCGGUGGAUUCAAGGCUACCUCCCUACCAUAGCACGUCGGACCAAGUGGUUCAACGAUGUCCGCCCGCUCCAAGUUGACGAUCCGGUAAUCAUCGUAGACGAGACGGUUCGUAACGGAUGGCUUCGAGGUCGUAUUGUGAAGGUCUACACAGCGAGUGAUGGUCAGGUCAGGAAGGUUGAUGUCCAGACAGCAUCAGGAGUAUACCAGAGGCCUGCGAUCAAAGUAGCUUUGUUGGACGUACUGCAGAGUGGUAAGGCCGUUCAAAGGUAAGGCAUUACGGGUCGGGGUGUUGCGGAAUACGAACGAUAGGCCCUUUGGAUCUACUCUGCAUAAAGGCGGCGUGACGUAGCGUUGAACGUCAACCGUGACUUAGCGAUGACAGCUCUUCAACCACGACAGCAAAAAGCAAAUGAAAACAUACCCAGAAGAA